UCGCUGCUGAAGAGGAAAGCGCCAAACAACAGCAGGAGAGAGGUUUUAGUAUCUUGGAAGUUUUAGGAGAAAGUGCUUCACAAAAAGAAUCUGACGUGAACGAAACAAUAAUUGCUAUGAACAGAAUACAAAACCAAUACCAUCAAACAAGGAACAUUAUGCUGGAGAUCCAUAACCUCAUCAUACACUCCUAUAAUUCGUUGAACAACACUGUAGAUGGUGUUGGGAAUGAAAUUCAAACAGCGUUAAUACUUUUAGACCGCUGGAUGGUAGAGUUAGAACAAAUAAACGCACAUUCCAUGGAUAAAGUGAAAGAGAUAAUUAACACAAACCAAACAAUUCACGAUCAAUUAGAAACAACGAUGGAUUUGAUAAUCACAGCGAAGGAGGAUGCAACAAAUGCAAUAAAAUUGUUUGAUUCCCUGGCGUCAAAAGUUCUUACGUUACAAGCUAAUAUAACUUCUGUGACAAAGCUAGGAAAGAACGCCUACGAUACAGCACGACAGCGGUAUAACAAUGCGUCAAUUGUAUUCAAUGUGACGUCACAUCUGGAGAUACAUACAUCUAACAGUACUCCCAGCAUUACAAAGGAGGCGUCAUUGCUUAAAAUACUCGCCCAGGAGAUACGUAGAAAUGCCACGGACGUUCUUGAGGCCGUUCAGAAAGCUUCCGAAAAGUUCUCGGAGGAUGUAAAUAAAAUCAACAAUGCACUGAAUCAAUUGACAGUUCUUCAGGUAUUCCGUGUUAAAUUCCCUUAAACGUAGAUAAUUAAAUAUUCAAUAAAAGGAACAAUAUAAUUUUCACUUGAACCUAUAAACAAACAUUGGCCAGGAAUGCCUAGCCUUGGAAGUUGCUCGUCAUUGUGAAAUGUCGUUGUUUUGAUAUCACUUCUACUCUCACAAGUAGAAUCUAAUACAUUUCUUAAGGAACAAGUGGAAACUUUCCAACAACAAGCAAGAGAUUAUCAUUCUGAAAGCAAAAACUACCGGGACGAUGCAUUGAGUGCAAUAGAUGAAGCCAAAAGUAUCCAAGAACGGGCAAGCCAGAUUCUUGACACAGUAGGAAACUAUAAAACUGUAGUGCAACGAGCUGAAGAAACGUCCGAGAUGGCUUUACAAGAUGCGACUGAAUUGACAGCUUUCUAUCAAUCGAAGAUUGAAUACGCGGGUAAUGUUUCCCAGUCAUUGCACUCGUCUUAUAACUCCUCUCAUUCCUUAGUUAGUCUGGCAAAAGAAAUUGAAGAAAAUGCCAGACGAGAAAAAGAGGCAAUUUCCAAUGCAUUCGUGCUUGCUCAGAAACUGAAAAAUGACACAGCGGAUGAAAAAGCAGCUACGGUGGUCAGAAAUCACCAAAUGGUUCUGGAUCAUAUCGAGAACCAGGUCACUCCGAUUCACGAAAAAUGCGCUGCAAUUCAGCGAGAUACGCGCGCCAUUUUGGCGAACACAACAGCAACACACUCAGCGGCAGUAAACCUCUUGGAAAGAGUCAAUAAUGUUUCCAAAGAGGUGGAUAAAACAAAAAGCAGCUACAAUGCGUUACCAUCACUGAACACAAAACCACUCGCGGGAAUGAUUUCUGAUAUCACGAGGAUUCGAGAUGAUUUUCAAGCAUUGAAGUUGAGUAGUUCAAUAGAGAAAUUACGUCAAGGGAAGAAUGAACAACAAAAAUGGCUUGACGAACAUAAACCGCGAGUUUCUAAACUUCGGCAAGAAGUUGCAGCCAUGCAAAAUCUUAUAAACUCCCUGAAAAAUAUUCCCUGUCACAAAUAA